AGCCGUUUAGCCGAUAUCAGGAUCAAUCCGAGUCGUAUUAUCCGUACGGGCAAGCUCCAUAUUUAGGCUAUAUGGGAAAUGGGCCAAGCAUGGGCUAUAUGUCGCCAGGGCCGCAGCAGCAGGGUUUUUACCCAGGAACGUCUGACUAUAGCUAUAUGCCUUCGACAUAUGAUCAGGCCUAUUGCGAUCAGCAGGCCAAUCCGAAUUCGAUGCCUAUUGGCGACUGCCCAAUGCAGCCACGGCAUGUCUAUGUGAACGGCGCACUCUAUAACACGGAGCUGGUCGAACCACCCGUGGACUUUGGCAGACCACCGCCACCAUUCGAGCCAAACAAUUCGUUAUUGGAGACCGAAGAGGAUUCCUAUGAUCCGAUGGAUGCUGUGAUGCCGUCGAUCUAUGGCAUACGCUUCUAUAAUCCAAAUAAUGGACCAGAUGGCGCUAUUCCGCCGCGUGUCCCGAGGAAGAGGAAGUACAGUCACAACAUGUACAUGAACUCCUGGCAUCCACCGAAGGCAGCCAACUACUUUGGCCAAGGCAUGCCGUGGUAUAACAACGCCUAUCCACCAUACCCAUAUCACAACCUACCCACUGGCGGCAACUUCCCCAACUACACUUACGACAACUCCGAGGGCGCCGCCCACAACAACAAUCGCAGCCAGCUGUCGCUGGAGAUGCCGAUGAGGGCAGAUGCUGGGGCCAACGCCGGUGGCAGUGCCAGCGCUGGCGCAACUCCCCAAAACUUUAUACCGACAUUGUCGCCGAACUCGAAGGCAAAGCGUCGUCAGGGCCGCAAUCGUCCACGCGGCUACAUCCAAUCGUUCGGCAUAGUUGCCCCACUCAAGCACAACAAUAAUGGGGCCAAGAGCAGCGCCGGCGAUGCCAAAACCAAUGUCCCGGCCGCAGCCGAGAAGAAGUCGCCAGCCAAAAAAGCGGAUAACUCUGGCUCAAGCGACCUCGCUAUAAAGUGGCCUUUGCUCGUGGAGAGCAACAAGCCCAACCAGAAAUCCUAAGCGAAACGCAGCUAUUUUUUUUAAAGCCAGACAAGGAAAAUGGAUUUUCUUGAUCUGAUAUUAUUUCAUUAUUUGAGAAU